AUGGCUUCCGGAUUCAGCUUCAAGGGUGGUCGACCGCGAUGCUUCGCGUUCUGGCAGGAAUUCCAAAAAUGCUAUGCGUCCGCCGACACACCCUCGGACUGCAUCCUCGCCAAGGAAGACUACCUCGAGUGCUUGCAUCACACCAAGGAGAUCGCACGUGCAAAGGAGAUCAAAGAUCACUGGCUUCACCGUCAAGCUAAGGACGCCCAUGCUGCCAGGGAAAACGGCGAAGUCAGAGCGACCAGCUCCAUCAUGGACCUCGGCCUGAUAAACGAUACCAAGCAGUCGCACAGCAGCAGCAGCAGCAGCUCAGACUCGUCUUGA